AUAGUAUGCGAACUCUAUUUUUAAUGUAAAUAGCGUUAAGUUUGCUUGUUGCAUUGAUGAAUUAACAUACGUGUUUGGUAAAAGUAUGGCUUACAGUUUUCAAUCUUCGGUGCCUGAUCAACAAUUCUUGUGGGAUGUAUUCCAAAGGGUCGACAAAGAUCGUAGCGGCCAUAUAUCUGCUGAUGAGCUGCAAAUAGCUCUUUCCAAUGGUACAUGGAGCCCUUUUAAUCCAGAAACAGUCCGUUUAAUGAUAGGUAUGUUUGACCGCGAAAAUCGUGGAACGGUUUCAUUCCAGGAUUUCGGAGCUCUCUGGAAAUAUGUUACUGACUGGCAGAACUGUUUUCGGUCUUUCGACCGGGACAAUUCAGGAAAUAUAGAUAAAGAGGAACUUAAAACUGCACUGUCUUCGUUUGGAUAUCGUUUAUCAGACAAUCUUGUAGAUAUUCUCAUUCGUAAAUUCGACCGCUUUGGAAGAGGAACCAUACUGUUCGAUGAUUUCAUACAAUGCUGUAUAGUCCUAUACACUCUUACAUCGGCAUUCAGGCAGCAUGAUUCGGACAUGGAUGGCGUUAUUACUAUACAUUACGAACAAUUUCUCAGUAUGGUAUUUUCCUUGAAAAUAUGAGUAUUUGAACAAAUAUAUGUAUAUUUUUGACACUUA